AUGUACAUAAUAUAAUCAAUGCUUGCAGUGUUACACGUCGUUUAUCAACUCAUACAAUAAUUUCAGAACUUAAUUUUUUGUGCUACAUACUAGUCAUAUAAAAAACUCUUUUUUGCGGCAUCGACAUUUACUUUAAUUAAGUGAAUCAGUUAAAGAGGAGUAAUGGAUACCAGUGGCAUUGUUCCAGACAUCAUUGAUGUUAUACCUAAGGCACGACUGGAGGUCAGUUAUCCAAGCGGUGCAAAGGUGGAGCUGGGCAAAGAAAUCACUCCAAUUGAGGUGAAGGACGAACCUACAGUUACUUGGGAAGCAGAUAAUGAUGCUCUAUAUACUUUGAUAAUGGUCGAUCCAGACGCACCAUCGCGUGCUGAGCCCACAUUCCGUGAAAUUCUACAUUGGCUUGUAGUUAAUAUUCCAGGAAAUGAAGUAACGCAAGGUGAAACUAUUGCUGCUUAUGCAGGCUCUGCACCUCCACAGGGAACUGGACUGCAUCGCUACAUUUUUCUGGUCUUUAAGCAGGCGGGAAAGAUUGAUACUACGAACAUUAAUCCAAAGAUUACAACACGCGAAGGCCGCCGCAAUGCAAAUACUAGGCAAUACAUCGCCAAAUACAAUUUAGGUGAACCGGUCGCUGGAAAUUUCUAUCAGGCACAAUACGAUGACUACGUGGGAAUACUAAGAGCGAAGUGGGCCAGCGAGGCAAAUAAGGCAUAAUUUUUUUUUCUGUGAAAUAAAUACAUGUGUAGAAUAAUUAAAAAGGCUGUAAAAUUAAUUCGGGAAAAAAAUAAAUUGAAAUGUAUUUAUUAGCUUCUUGUUGUUCAGGGCUAUCGCUGAAUCCAUCGCAGUCCGAUUUUCGUGAAAUCUACGAAAAUUCGAUUACUGAAUCUGAAUCGCUACGAACAUGUGUAUUCAAAGUUUGUGCUGCGUUCGAGUAAAUUCGGAUUCCGCGAUAUCAUUUUCGAAGAUUUAACGAAAAUUUGCACUUGCUUGGAUUCAGUGAUGACCUUAAUUAUGUUGAAGCAUAUUGAAUAAUCACGUUUGUAAACAAGUUGAGA